AUGUUUUCACCUGACGAAGCUUUCAUCAACACGAGCGAGAUACUCAGCGAUGCCGAGGCUCAAUUCAUCUACAACGGAGUUGAGGACGAGGUCGCUAAAGAGAACAUUGAUGCUGGACGUGUAGGAAAUUCUAAAGACGAUCCUAAAUUUGCAGAGGCCAAAGCAUAUGCCGAUCCAGAAGUUUCCAAGCAACUGCCCGCGGCUAUUUUACAGGCUGAGGUUGAAGCUAGGACCGGACAGGGAGAUCACUCGGGAGACCGGGCCGCUGAUCGGGGAUAUGAGGUCGACAAUGAACACCAGGCUAACGAUGACGGACGGCACGCUGAGGUGAAAGGUGUACAAGCCCACGAAGGAAACGCACGAGCUGAUGAAGAAGAGGUACAAGCCGACGACAGAGGUGUGCAAACCGACAAUGAAGGAAUACAGUCUCAGUACGGAGGCCUCAAUAUGGAAUCAGCAAUCACUAGCAGAGGAACAGAGAACACAGCUGACGCGUUAGACGAUUCUGAAGCAUCUGCAGCACCAGAACUGAAACGGUACAGAGAGUUUGUGCUUUCCAAGUUGCCCCUAUCAGACGAAGACCAGAAUGAGGUACGCGGGCUUCUUGAUCAGUACGGUUGGCCAACGGUCUGGCAGUCUCUUGACUCAAUCGAGGGCUGCGAAGAUGGUCCUACAUGGACUUGGCAAGAUGUGGACAAUGACCUGCUCGUGAGGCUGGGGGACGAGAGACUGCUGGGAAUGGACGAGAUAGCAGAGUACAUAUUCAUUGGUAUGCGAGUCAGUCAGUGUCAUGACCAGUAUAAUUCUCUGACAACGGAAUAA